AGUGAACAGUAUUAGGCCAUCAAAGGACAACAAGUAACUACAUAAUUGAGCAAGAAAUCUCUGCAAAAUAUCGCCAAAAAUGGAGAAGAAUUGUCUUCUUCGAACUAUUUUACUGGUCCAACUCACAACUACCGUACUUUGCCAACCACCUCCUGCAGAUCCGCAGCAAAAGAACGUAAAGUUACAAAAUCUCCUGACUCGACUUUUCCAGGCCACCUAUCAAAAUACGGAUUUACGCCCACCCAAUUUCGCUGAUCCGACAAACGUCGAAGUUUAUUUGAGAUCCGUAAAGUUCGAGAGUUUCGACGAGCUCUCGGCUUCCAGACAGGUCAAGUUUUCCGCCGAUUUUAUCACAGAAUAUACCGAUCCGCGCCGUAUGCUGAAUGAACCAGUGGCAGGCCCAAGUACUUUGGGGGAUAUUAAAUACCUGGAAGUUCCCUCCUGGCCGGAAACUAUGUUCAUUUGGGUUCCUGACCUUCAGUUUAUCAAUGCGGAUGUGACGUUGAGAAAUAACACGAUUUUUCGAAAGCCAUCUGGCCCAUGUAUUGGAUGUCCUGGUUGGGAUAAUGGUUACGGAUCGCACGUUUUAGUAAAUCCAAGUAACGGCAGGAUACUUAGGAAGACUCCGUUAUCCUUUGUGAUGGUGGGAAGCCCGGAAAAUAUCCCGGGAAAGCAAAAAACGUACACGAUACAGAUUGCUAGCCAGAAGUUGUCCACUGAAGACUUGGUGUUAAAUUGGAAGUUGAAAAAUCCCAUUCAACCGUCGGAACAAAAGAUUCAAGGUUUCUGCAUUGGUGCUGCGAAUAAGAUGACGGCGAUCAAGUACGCGGCAGUGGCGUCGGUGGGAACAUGUGAGAAAAGCGAAGAUGACGGGGUCAAUUUUGGAAAUCGGAAUUUCAGUUGUCUCGAAUUGGAGAUUAAAUUUGUUCCUGCGGACGGACCGGUGCAGACUUGUUAAAAUUUGGUUAAAACGAAAAGUGGAGAGUUUUUUUUAUAAAAAAUAGAAAUUAUGUGCACAUUUUUAGGGAAUGUUAACUUAAAUUAAUUUAGCGUUGACAUAAAAAUGUAAUAAAUUUUAAGCUAUUAGGGUCUCCCAAGUUUGUAAAAAAGA